AAGGCGUUCAAGCGGCAAGCCUUCAGAAAAAGGCAACCUUCUGCGAAAUGUGCUUUCCCAACCUGAUCGUGCCGCUUUUGAGGCCAAAUUGCUCCUGAAGUUGAGUUUCACAACACCAUAUAGAGAGAGGUCAUGGGCAGUGUUUAACCUAGCCUUUUCCAGAGCCGGGACUUCACCUUCAACGUGAUAGACUGGCUUGAAGCAUGGCUUCCAAGUUGGAUCACGAAGCUGAAGCAAGAAUCAAGAAAGUUGGUAGGCAUUGCGAUUCUGCCUCCUUGGGUCUGAGAGCACACACUGAUAAGUCAUUGAGAUCAGAUUGAAUUACCAGAGCUACCUCUCCAACACCAGGUGGCCUCGUUCUGUCGGUAGUUCUUGGACGUGCUAUGCUCAUGCCACUCUUGUACCAAGAAGCUGGCACACGCCUCUGUACGCAGGCUUCCUAUAAAUUCUAAUUGGUAGUAGGACUUUUGAUAAGCGCAUGCAAACUUCUCAGAAGAUGAACCUUCAGACAGCCAUUGACUCUGCAAAUCCAGACGUGCCUUUAGGUGCGGCCGGCUGAAAACACGACCCAUAAGCUCCCGUUCGUGGACCCGUCGUUGGACGGAUAACAGUUUUAGCAAAACGGAAAAUUUGGGAUGCAAAACUUUCCCAAGAAGGAGCAUCCAGUUGAAGGCUCGAAGGAAAUUUGGCUACAGAUCAAGAAACAAGGAGAGAAGUAAGGUCUUCUGUCAAGACAUGAUUAUUGGGUGUAGCUGAUAGACAUAUCUAGGUCAGCAACUACCGUUCAAAUCUCCAAGGAAACGAAGCACGAUUGUUCUACCUCGUCAUGCGAGACAACAAGACAGAACACAAGGCUACAGAUGCCUUCGCCUACACAAGCUUGAAAGCAGAGAACUUCAUAAUCCUGCGACGAAAACCUUAA